GGCUGUGGUCCCUUUAACGUCCAACUCAUGCGGCGUUUUCUAGCUCUAUGCCGCGUGUUAACUUUAGGGAGUCCACACAUAAGCGCUCGUGCAUAUGAAGAAUAUUUCCUAAUGACAGUUUAUAUAUGUUAGACCGACAUCGGUAUAUUCUUAUGAGUUUCAUCUGAUCCAAAUCUGGUCUAAAUACUGUCAGCUUGUCAGUUGCUUGUCAUCAGCUUUGGUCUUCUGGCCGGUGUAGUUCAUUUGAUAAUUUUGAACAAAUAACGGUUUAACGGUGAAAAUGAUAUCAGAAGAGCUCGAGCGCAUCCUGGCGCGGCUGACAGAGCCGGACAACGCUGUUAUUCAGCAGGCCACAGCUGAGCUGAAACAGGCAUUUAAAGAUCCAGCUAUCAUCCCUGCUUUAUGCGCGGUUAUGACUGGAUCCCAGAACCCACAGGUCCGUCAGUCGGCUGCAGUGAUGCUCAGGAUGAGAGUCAGAAAACACUGGAAUAAAAUCAGUCCAGACCACAGAGAAAGUCUGAAGGCAGUGGUGCUGCAGGCUUUACAGAAUGAAACUGAACACACAGUUCGCCACUCUCUCUCUCAGCUGAGUGCCGUCCUGGUAAAACAUGAGACCCCAGACCGCUGGCCUGCUCUUCUAUCUCUAUUAAACCAGUCUACUGAAAGCAAUAACCCACAGGAUAGACAGGUGGGUCUUUUAUUGCUUAGCAAAGUGGUUGGAUCAAACCCGGAGCCCUUUAAGCCCCAUUACAAGCAACUUCUCCAGCUGUUUGGGACUGUUCUCCAAGAUCUAAACAAUCCCACGGCUCUCUACUACUGCAUCCUCACUCUGACCGCCAUCACGGCCUACACCGGCACAGAGGAGAUGAACCUGAUGCGAUCUCUAAUCCCCAAACUGCUCAUUGCUCUUAAACGCCUCAUUCAGGCAGACCAGGACCAAGCCAGUGAAGCGAUGGAAGUUUUUGAUGAGCUGAUGGAAAGCGAGGUGUCCAUUGUUGUCCCACACAUUGCUGAGAUUGUCCGUUUUUGCCUGGAGAUCAGUGCGGACGUCUCCCUUAGUGAUUCUCUGCGUGUAAAGGCUCUGUCAUGUAUCGCUGUUCUCAUCAGACUUAAAAGCAAGGCUGUAUUAAAGCAUAAACUUCUACAGCCGAUCCUGCAAGUAGUGUUUCCGAUCUUGAGUUCCGCGCCCCCUCCUGGAGAAGAGGACCCAGAGGAUGACGAAAACGACACUGAGGACGACAGUGAGAAUCCCAAGCACUUUGCUGUUCAGGUCAUUGACACCAUGGCUCUUCAUAUGCCACCUGAAAAACUCUUCAACCAGCUGUUGCCUUUCACUCAGGCUUGUUUGUCAAGUGAGAAUCCAUAUGAGCGUAAGGGAGGUCUCAUGUGUAUGGCUGUGCUGGCGGAGGGCUGUGCAGAUCACAUCCGCACAAAGAUGUUGUCAUCCAUGCUUCAGACAGUGUGUCGCAGUCUGUCGGACAAUAACCAGGUGGUCCGCAGUGCAGCGCUUUUUGCCCUCGGACAGUUUUCUGAACACCUCCAGCCAGAUGUCAGUAAAUUCCAUGCUGAGCUGAUGCCAUUGUUGCAUGGAUACUUGUCUGCAGUGAAUCAGACCAAAAUUGGACACAUGACGAAGGCCUUCUAUGCCUUGGAGAACUUCUUGGAGAACUUAGGUCCAGAAAUUGAGCCCUAUCUGCCCACUCUAAUGGAAACCAUGUUGUCAGCCCUUAACAAUGCAGAAAACCUUAAGCUCAAAGAGCUUGCCGUCAGUGCAAUCGGAGCAAUCGCUAACGCAGCCAAGGAGAUGCUAGUGCCUUACUUUCCUCCAAUUAUUGAGAGUCUGAAGGGAUUCCUGACAGACACAAGAGAGGAGAUGAGGACUCUGCAGACGCAGGCACUAGACACACUUUCUGUGUUGGCCCGUACUGUUGGGAAGGAAGUGUUUAGUCCGUUGGCAGCGGAGUGUGUGCAGUUAGGUUUGAACCUCACUGAUGCAGUGGAUGAUCCAGACCUGCGGCGCUGCACGUAUAGCUUAUUCUCUGCUGUAUCUGAUGUGAGUCCUGACUGUCUGGCCCCUCACCUCACUCCCAUCACCACGGUGAUGCUGCUGUCGCUCAGAUCCACAGAGGGUGUGACGGCUCAUUUAGAUGAAGAUAAACAGUUUGUGCUCCUGGACGAUGACGAUGCUGAUGAUGAAGGUGAAGAGGGCGAUGCUGAUUUGGAUGAAGAGUCUGAGACUGAGGUUGAUGAUAGAGAUGUUGCAGGAUUCAGUGUGGAAAAUGCUUACAUAGAUGAGAAAGAAGAUGCUUGUGACGCUUUGGGUGAAAUCGCCUUUAACACAGGAGUGGCGUUCCAGCCUUUCCUGGAGUCCAGCUUCCAGCAGGUGUACGAGCUCCGCGAUUUCCCACAUGAGGAUGUGAGGAGAGCUGCCUUUGGUGCCAUGGGCCAGUUCUGCCGAGCUCAGCACAAAGUGUGGAAGGAAAACCCGACAGAGGCCAACCACCAGGCUCUGCAUAAGCUGUUGCAGGUGGUUUUGCCUUGUUUUCUGGAGGCGGUGAGACAGGACAGAGAGAGACAGGUGGUGAUGGCCAUACUGGAGUCCAUGAAUGCUGUCAUCAAAUCCUGCCAGGCGGAGGCGCUGCAGGCUCCAGGGAUACUGGCCGAAAUAAGUAACACCAUCAAAGAUGUACUGAAGAAAAAGACCGUGUGUCAGGAUGUAGGUGGGGAUGAAGCAGACGAUGACGAGCAGCAGGCGGAGUAUGAUGCCAUGCUGCAGGAGUUUGCCGGUGAAGGGAUUCCUGUUUUAGCCUCGGCUCUACCAGCUGAAACUUUCUACCCUCACCUCAAUGACUUGCUGCCCCUCAUCAUGAGCAAAGCUAAACCCUCAUGCACAGAGGCAGACCGCUCCUUCUCCAUUGGUACGAUUGGAGAAACCUUGCACUCAUUGGUGGGUGUGGCUGGAGGCAGGGCGGUUGCUGGCCGGCUGUCCAAUCGGCUGCUGCCAGUGCUUGUAGCCGGAGUGAAGGACAGUGAUGCAGAGGUGCGCAAUAACAGUGUGUUUGCACUGGGAGCUCUAGCACAGGCUGCUGGACCCAUCGUUGCCUGUGAUUACCCAGUGAUGCUCUCCCUUUUCUCCAACCUACUUUCUAAAGAAUCUGACCUAAGAGUGAUUGACAACCUCUGUGCUGCCCUGUGCAGGAUGAUCUUGAGCCACGUUGAGGGGGUCCCACUCGAGCAGGUCUUUCCAGCUCUUGUGGCUUGUCUCCCUCUGAAGGAGGACAUGGAGGAGAACAAAACCAUCUACAGCUGCCUGACCUUCCUCUACUCACACAACCCUGCGCUGGUUGUUAGUCAUCUCAAGCCAAUAAUAUCUGCUGCUGCUCAUCUGUUGGGCAUGAAGGAUGUUGAUAAUGAAACCCAAAACACCCUUCUCAUGCUGCUCAGAGGUCUAGCACAGCAUCACACCAAGGAAUUUGAGAAUGCGGUAAUGUCACUUCCUGAUGAACAGAAAAACAAAAUGACCAUGGCUGUCACUCAAUCAUAGCACCUGCCCUUUAUCUUCAAUAUCUCUUUCACAAGGCCUUCCACUCUUGUGAAAGCCAGCCAAAUUGAAAAUAGAUAUUUUUUAUUAUAUUAGAAAUGGGCUUAUUCAGUUAGCUGAGUAUACGCUAACUGGUGUACUCGGCUUUCUGUAUUGCAGCAGAGACAUUGAGACUAUAUUCUCUUAAUUUAUUGCAAUGUUCACUUAUGCUUUUUGUCACUUUUACUUUGUUUUACCGAGUUGUCUUUUCUCAUUUAUUAUUUUUCUGUAUGUCUCAAUGAAUCUUCUGCCAUCCCAUCUGUAUUGAAUAUUCCAUGAAAUUCUGGCUUAAUAUUUGAGUGUGAAGCUUUGAGUUGUUCUUGCAGUGAAAGAAAUAUAUUUCUAUGAAUUGUU